AUGCGAGCAGUAGGCUUCCUAUUCCUGGCUCUCAUGACAAUCUCAUGUCUUCUGAUCAAGGCGAAUGGUAUUCCAAAGCCUCGCCCCUUCAAAAUCUCCGACUACCAGCGCUGCUUUGAAGAGCAUGUCAUGGUUUUGACAAUGACUGGCGGCUUCUUGUUCUUCUGGGGCAUGUUUCUUCCGUUGAACUACAUCAUCAUACAGGCAAUGUCGAGUGGAAUUUCGCCCGAUCUCGUUCCAUAUCUCUUGCCUCUGAUUAACGGUAUCAGUCUGAUUGGCCGUUUGACAGGAGGCGCACUUGCGGAUGCCAUCGGCCAGUUCAACUCUAUCAUCACAUACGCGAUUGCGUUUGGUUACGGCUCAGGUGGCUACGUCUCCGUCUUUCCCGGGUGCGUUGCGCAGAUCAGCCCAAUCGAGGAGAUUGGUACAAGGAUUGGACUUGCUGCGCUAGUCAAUUCCUUUGGGGCUUUGACCGGAAGUCCACUGGGCGGUGCAUUGAUCUCUGAUAAGGGUGGAAGUGGAAAUAGCUUCAUUGGGUUGCAACUGUUUUGCGGUUGCACCAUGAUCGCUUCAGUGUUUGCAUAUGGAGCUGCACGUUGGUCUCUGGAGGGUUUCAGGUGGACAAAGGUGUAG